GCGGCCGAAUAGAGCGGUGCGUGUCACGUGAUCCUGGUACCGUUGUCCGGAUGUUGGGCAGUUGGAGGCGGCGAAUGGGAGCGGGGUUGUUGGUUGGCUAAGGUGGAAGCAUCGUGGGACAUGGACUGGAAGCAGGCACUGAAGAACCGCCUGGCUGCCGGUACCGACACUAAAAGGAGUGAUCAAGAGCUGAAAGAUGAAGAAAUGGAGCUGUUCACAAAAUACUAUCUGGAAUGGAAAGGAGGAAGAAAACAUGCCAAUACUUCCUAUACGAACAUACCACGAUUUUAUUAUAGGCUGCCAGCUGAAGAUGAAAUUUUAUUGCAGAAAUUAAGAGAAGAAUCUAGAGCAGUCUUUUUGCAGAGAAAAAGUAGAGAGCUAUUAGAUAAUGAAGAACUGCAGAAUUUGUGGUUUCUGCUGGACAAACAUCAGACACGACCCAUGAUGGGGGAUGAAGCAAUGAUCAACUAUGAAAACUUCUUGGAAGUUGGUGAGAAAGCUGGAUCCAAAUGCAAGCAGUUCUUCACAGCUAGAGUCUAUGCUAAGUUACUUCACAAUGAUCCCUAUGGAAGGAUAUCUAUCAUGCAGUUUUUCAAUUAUGUGAUGAGGAAAGUAUGGCUAUACCAGACAAGAAUAGGCCUCAGUUUGUAUGAUGUGGCUGGACAAGGUUAUCUCAGAGAAUCAGAUUUAGAAAAUUAUAUUCUGGAACUUAUCCCCACUUUGCCACAGUUGGAUGGUUUAGAAAAAUCCUUUUAUUCCUUUUAUGUCUGCACAGCGGUCAGGAAGUUCUUCUUCUUUUUAGAUCCUCUUAGAACAGGGAAGAUCAAAAUACAGGAUAUUUUAGCUUGCAGCUUCCUAGAUGAUCUAUUAGAGUUACGGGAUGAAGAACUUUCUAAAGAAAGUCAAGAAACCAAUUGGUUUUCUGCUCCUUCUGCAUUGAGGGUUUAUGGCCAGUAUUUAAAUCUGGACAAAGAUCACAAUGGCAUGCUUAGCAAAGAGGAACUAUCUCGUUAUGGAACAGGGACUCUAACCAACAUAUUUUUAGACCGUGUCUUCCAAGAGUGUCUGACUUAUGAUGGAGAAAUGGACUACAAGACUUAUCUGGACUUUGUACUUGCAUUAGAAAACAGAAAGGAACCCGCAGCUCUGCAGUAUAUUUUCAAACUGCUUGAUAUAGAGAACAAAGGCUACCUGAAUGUCUUUUCCCUUAAUUAUUUCUUUAGGGCUAUUCAAGAACAGAUGAAAAUACAUGGACAAGAUCUAGUUUCUUUUCAGGAUGUCAAGGAUGAAAUAUUUGAUAUGGUGAAGCCAAAGAAUCCUUACAAGAUCUCUCUUCAGGACUUAAUCAACAGUAGUCAAGGAGACACUGUCACCAGCAUUUUAAUUGAUCUUAAUGGCUUCUGGACUUAUGAGAACAGAGAGGUUUUUGUAGCAAGUGAUAAUGACAGCUCCACAGAUCUGGAUGAUACAUGAUAGAACAGGAAUACACUGUAUCCAUGGAGAUAUACCCAACUGUUACUGUAGUCAUUUGGAGUUAAACAUAUUCAUUACCCAAAUCAAUAAAGCUACCAUGUAGCCCUAAAUGGGCAAAAGCUUUGUAGAAGGACUGAAUAAUGGAUCUCAUCUAAUUCCCGCCCCCCCCCCCCCGCCCCCGCAAUGCCUUGGUUGAGUUGACUAGUAAAUCUUUAUUGAACUAUUUCUGGAAUACAGAGUAGCAAGUCCCUUCUCAGUUAAGACAAAUUAUAUCUGAAUGUUGUUGUGGUCUUUCUUGAACAAUACCUAAUUCUGUACGUGUUAAAUUAUCAUCAGUACACAAAAACUGGUUCUGCUGCAAGAAACAAGCAGUCUGAAAAUUUCAUUUGUAUCUAAUAUCUGAUAUGCAGGUUUACUGAAUUACCAACGUACUUGCUAAUUUUAAAGAAAACGUAAGUGUUAAGAGGUUGGCAUAGCAAUCGGUUAUGGUGAGUCCAAAUACUCAGUCACUAUUUAACCCUUUAUUCUAUGCAGUACUGCAAGAUCUUAAAUAUACAGGGUUUAGAGUCAUAUUUGGGUUUCUACUGUAAUUGUAAAGAUGUGUAUUCUGAAAAAUCAUCAAUUAUCUUUAGUUAAGUAAGCAUACCUCCACUUGUAAAUCUAAGAAAAGAACAUCUAUUGCCUUAGAAGAAUUCUUGCAGCUAGUACUGGGUAAUUCAAAUAGCACCUACACACUGCAGUAUUCAAAAGUUUGCCUGCAUUGUAAGAAUAACUCUUAGCCAAACUGUGGUUUAAAAUUAUAUUAAAUAUAAAAUUUUAAUGCAUUUACAAGAAACACUUCUGUAUCAUUUGCAUACACAAAAGAAAUAUGAAAGGUAAGGCACAGCGACUAGAGUAAAUUCAUGAUGGUGAGCCCAUUUCAUGUAGCAAGAAAAGUUUAGCUCGCAAAAAUUCUAGAUCUGGGCAAUCAAAACAUUCCAUUCUUGUGAUGCCUUGGGUGUGCCACUCUGCACAAAGAUAUUAAAUACAAACUUGACAUCUAGUUUAAGGUUGACCAGAAACCAGUAUGAUUCUCUAGUCAGAAGGAUGCAAAGUGUAAAAUUAAAAAUGGUCAUAACUAUCUUUAGUUUAAGCAGUCUCCAAUGAAGCAACGUUUCUCAAAAGAACUCCUUAUCUGAGUUCUUGCCUUGAAAGGAUGACAGAAGCUAUAUGUGUUCUAUGUCUUUCUAGAUUCAUGUGUUGUAAUGUAAUCUUUUUCUUUUAGCCUGGGCACUGAAAAACAGUAUGGAGCUACAUUGUGCUGCUGCCUCCUAUCCCGUAGUUAUUUUAUACAAGUGCAUAGGUUAUUAGUAAAAGGACUGAGGACAAGUUAAGUCAUUAUAUUUUAAAGAAACCAAAGUUCAGUCCAGCCACCUAAAGCCAGGAUAUAAACAGUUUAAGCAUAGCUUUUUAUGAAGGGAGAAGGCCCUUUGCAUCCUAUUCUAUAUACACAUCUAUCCUGGAGAAAUUGUUUCCU